AUGGGAAGACGACAUUAUUUUGGCAUGAUCCUUGGACCGUUGAUAAGAUUUGUUGGUGAAGCGGGACCACGCAACCUUAGACUACCUUUACUCUCGACAGUUAGCGAAGCAGUACGCGACAGUGCCUGGACCUUACCGGCCAUUCGAUCGGACAGACUACAAGAGGUUCUUACCCACUUGUCUACCAUAGUGCCGCCAUCAGAGAAUGGAACCAAAGACCAAGCCUUGUGGAAGUAUGCAGAGGAUGAUUACAAGAGCUCAUUUAGUACAGUCAGGACCUGGAAUUUCAUUAGGAACCCACAUGAGACGGUUCAUUGGCGUUCCACCGUAUGGUUUAAGCAAAGCACUCCCAGGAUGGCGAUAUUUAUGUGGCAGAUGAUGCAUGUGAGACUUCCGACGAAGGACCGACUGAUGCGUUGGGGAGUAGCUUCCGUCAUGACUUGUGGAUUGUGUGAUGCAGAAGAUGAGUCACAUAAUCACUUAUUCUUCGAAUGUCGCUACAGCGCUGCAGUAUGGAGUUAUUAUGCAUGUCUUUGUUGGCCGAACCCACCGAUUAACAACCCGGCGAAUGAUGUCAUCCACAAUAGGAAGCAGAUUGCCAAGAUUCUUUUGCAGGUGACAGCUUACACCUUGUGGAAGGAGAGACACAACCGAAUAUUCCGAAGCCAGCGGAAAUCGAUGGAGUACACGAGGUGGAAGGUGGAUCGUAUCAUGCAGACGAAGCUGCUCUCUCUUACGAGGAAGUCGAAUGAUGAUGGAGUAUCUAUGCUCUCAGAUUGGUAUUUUCUUACAAUGAAUAUUCGCAACUAA